UUUAUGCCGUUCACGAUCUCAAAUACUUUGAUUCUUUGCUUUGCCAGUUUGCCUCCUCCUCGAAUCGAUCGCAUCGGUUUCAUCUGCUGUUUUAACGAUUCUCCUUCAUUGAGAUCAAGAGCUAUUCUGCUUCGAUAAACUCGUAUCUCCGUGUCAGUUCUAUUGCAUCUGGUAGUCUCGCCGGCGGAGCGGAGGAUUAGACGAUUCGAUCACUUCAAUUUUGUCAUCAAAAAGUUUGUGCUUUCUGAUAGAUAUGCAGGCUAGGUUUGGAGCCAGUGUGCACAAAAUGGCUACUACUGUGUUCACUCCAUCAUUGGAAGGAAUGAAGCAUGUCAAGUUAGACAAUGGGAUUAUGCUUACAAAGCCCUUCCUUGACGUGUGCAAGCUUGUUCUCCCUGUUCUAGACAAUUUCGGAGCUGCGCUGGCUAUUGUUAAGUCUGAUAUUGGAGGCAACAUAACGAGACUGGAAAAUAAAUACAACUCUGAUCCAUCGAAGUUUGAACAUCUAUACAGUAUAGUGCAAGUAGAAGUAGAUGCUAAUACAGCUAAGGGCUCUUCAAGUUGCACCAAUGGUCUUCUGUGGUUAACAAGAGCAAUGGACUUCCUGGUGGAGUUAUUCCGGAACUUACUAGUUCAUUCUGAUUGGAAAAUGACUCAAGUUUGCACUGAUUCCUACACCAAGACCUUAAAGAAAUGGCACGGCUGGCUUGCUAGUUCUAGCUUCACGGUUGCUAUGAAACUUGCUCCUGAUCGGAAGAAGUUCAUGGAUGUCAUUGGUGGAUCAGGUGACCUAAAUGCUGAUAUUGAACAAUUUUGCGAGACAUUUGCCCCUCUUCUGGCAGAGAAUCACAAGUUCCUUGCCAGCGUAGGUCUCGACGAUAUGAAGGCUUCCUGAUUGCGACAACUAAGUUUGUUCUGUUUCUCGCAACACCUGAGUAUCUUGCCAAACUUAUCCAACUACGAUGGAAAACAGAUACAAAUAAUCCUUCUAGUGGAUGAGAGAUUCAUGACUUUUGUUACAAUUUGAUUCCUGUUUGUACUUUCUACUGCAACAUUUGGGUUAUCUUGUGAACCGUAUCGUUCAUUUUUAAUGAAUAUUAAAUCUAAUUUACUUGCCUGGAA